AUGUUCUUCGAAACGCAUUCGUGCUAUUUUGAAGCCGGUAUCCAGAUACCUCAUCCUAUGACUAGCAAAUAUUUACCUUUAAACUGCGCUGGGGUGAUCAGUCUAGCUGCAUGUUUACUUGUUUAUCGUUCUGUAGAUUAUGGUUCCAAUGGAGAUGCAACGUUACAAUUACGGAAAAGCAAUGAUGAUGUUCGAUGCUUUGCAACGCCCGCAUCGACGUCUAAUGUGAGUUUAAGUGGAAGUGUGGAGGGACCAGAGCCGCUGUUCGAACCAAAAUCGCGCGAGAUUGAAGAAGAAGGUGUGUCGAGAGGGACAGAAGUGAAGUCGGAAGUUCCGGACACAGAAGUAGACGUUUCUGCACUCUUCGGACAAGAGCGAUCUGGAGCAAUGGUGUCAUCAAGUGGAAUCGUUUUAUCUGAAACAGUUAUGGAUGAGCUGCUCAGAAUGGUAUUAUCACGGAAAGACACACUUCUUAACGAUGCCUGCGAUGAGAAGUUGAAAGCAAAGGCAUGGCGAGAAGUGUACGAAUUCGUUCGAGCCAUCACGAAAGUAACGCCAACAGUGGACGAGCUGAAGGAAAUGUUUCGGAGAAAACAAGUCUACAUCAAUGACAUAGUGUCACAACAUGGAAAGGCCGAUAUCUUCUCAGUGCAUGGCUUUGCUCGAUAUAUUCAAAGCAUUGUUAAUAAAUGCUUACCUGAGGAGAAAUUUUCCGCACGGGAAAGGGAGCUAGGAACGUACAUCCUUCGUAAAACUCUUUCUCCAAAUGAGUGCGCACCACCUUCCAAGAAAAGAAUGAGACUGGGAGAGUUGUCGGAGCGCACUAAUGAUGCUGCUCCUUGUCAUGAAUGCAGCUCUAGGAUUACUGUAGAGGUAGAUCAUUUCGGCCUACUCCCUUAUACAAGAUACCACAACGAUAAGUUUAUAGGCAAAAUCGGUGGAUCCUCCGCGGCAAUCUUCGUGUGCAUGCAAUAG